AUGGAUGGGAAUGCGAAAUAUUUUGAGGGAUGUGGUCAAGAAGGGCCUAUCCGUUGCAUAUUUCUGUGUGAAUUCCACCCAACUGCGGGGCCCAAGAUCACUUGCCAAGUGCCAGAGAACUAUAUAUCAAAAGAUAUUUUUGAUACAGUCAGCCACUACAUCAUUCCGAAAGUGCAAUUGCAGCGAUGCACUUUGACCGUCACGCUGCUUGGCUCGAAGAUCUUGGGGUUUCCAGUUCGUAUAGACAACAAGAAAUAUGCUCGUAACGCGUAUUAUUUUAACCUGUGUUUUGUGUGCGAUGCGUGGGCGCGGACCGUGCAUCUCGAACCCCUCGUCAAGAAGCUCACUGAAUACUUGUUAUCGAUGGAGCUAGAAUCUGAGUGGCUGUCGAAGCAAUCAAUGUCGGGGGACGCGAAGGCCCUUAGCCAGCUAAUGCGGCAGGUAAUGCAGGAUAUCAACACUCGGAGGAUGUGCACGCUUACUGCAGAAACGGAAACAGAUGUGAAAAAGCGUGCGGAACUUUCGCGGUUGCGGAAGCAGAAGCAAAGCCCCACGUCAUAUGCACUUUGUUUUGGCCCGUGCUUAUUGGUAAUCCGGAGAAAUUCGAGUUAUAUGUCCCAGAGAACCACUCAAAAUACCUUGCCUCAAGAUCCUUCCGUACAUCGACGGCUUCAACCACGUGUCCAAAAUCGCUGCAUUGACAGACGUAGAGAUCAGUCUGGUCCGAGCGUGUGUACAGAACUUGGUAUACUACGGCGUUGUGACACUGGUGCCCAUUUUCCAAUAUUGUGCGGUAUACAGUGCAACCCCAAAGUUAAGACAGCUGACGCGGUGCGCGGGACUCCAGCGACAGUGUGUGGAAUUCUGCGCUAG